AUGACCAGCGAGCGCACAAGUCGCAGCUUCCAGACGCACUGCCUCGUGCCCAGUGCGCCGCCGACGCAGUGCAACGGGUCCAAGAGCAGCUCCGACAGUCGCGCAGGAACUGCCCCCAGCGCCUCUUCCCUGGUCCACAACGGCCCUGUGGUCGACUAUGGCAGCACAGCCCGCGGUAGCAGCAAAGACGCGUCGUCCAGAGCCGCCGCGUCGUCGUGGCUGCCGCUCGCUGCGGUCUCUCCCGUGUCUGCGACAUCGUCCACGACGUCGCAGCUGAAGCUCUCGAACUGGCAGACGUUCUACCACUUGCUGUCGUUCAUUACGGGCACGGGGAUGCUGUGUCUACCGCUGGCGCUCGUCGAGAUCAAUUGGUACGGCGUACUGCUGCUCAUUGCAGCAGCCGUUGUGAGCGCCUACACUUCCAAGCUGCUCGUCGACGCGCUGGAUGCCGUUCGCUGGCUGAGAGGCACCAGCGUCUCGUUCAGUGACCUCGGACAGGAAUGUUUCGGUGCUGCUGGCAAGCUCGUCACGGGUCUGCUCGUGCACGUCUCGCUGCUGAUAUUGUCCACUGGAUACCUCACGCUCACGACGUGGUGUCUCGUGGAUGUACUGGGACUGCAGUACGGCACAGUCAUGGUGCUCGUUGCAGUGUGCGUGUGGUUCCAAGUGCUUGUACCGUCGCUCCGGGCGCUCGCGAUGCUGUCCAUCGUGAACGUCGCCUUUAGCUUCUGGAUCGAAUCGAUCAUUCUGGGCGACGCAAUGUACCCGCUCAAGCAAAUUGCACUCGACCACUCGGACUUUGUGUUUGUGACACCGGAUCUCUCGAACGUGACCAUGAUGGGGAAACUCUCGUACACGUUCUCGCUGCUCCUCGGUGGACUCUUUGGCCACUCGAUCAUACCGACAUUGUACAACGCGAUGGCCGAUCCAAGUCAAUGCACCGCAGUUGUUGUGCGCACGAAAUUGGGAACCACAGCGCUAUUGUACCUGCCCAUUUGCUGCCUCACCUACGCCGUGUACGGUGCAACGCUGCAAGCGCCAGUGUUUUUCAACAUGCGCAACGCCGUCGUGCGGAACCUCGCGAUCGUGCUCUACAGCAUUCACCUCUUGUUGUCGUACACAAUCACGUUGUACCCACUGCAACGUGCGUGCGAACAGUGGAUCGUGCAGACUUCUCGUCGCAGCAGCGGCCACGACAGUCCAUUGGAAACUGCUGCAGCUCAUGGCACUCUGUUGUUCACAACGCCAAGUCCCGUGCGUGCAAGAGAGCAAGAAGGACCGUGCGGCGGCGUACGGGCUACAGCGCGAGUGCUGUGCCGAAGUGUGGUGGUGCUCCUGACGCUCGUGUUGGGCUACUUGACUGCACCCAGCACGUUGGUGAUCUUUGCGUGGAUGCUCGUGCCCACGGCACUUUUGGCUCUCGUGCUGCCGUGCGUGUUCUACUGCCAAUUGUGCAGUGACGAUGCCACGGAGAUGGACCGCGUUGCUUCGGUGCUCAUUAGCGUACUUGCAAUUGUGACUGCCUGCUGGAGCCUCGCAGUUAUUGUCGAGUGCUGA